AUAUAUAGGAUGACAACUAUUAGGUUUGUUUAGUUUUCAACACAUUUCUAUACUUACUCUUUCAAAGUUUUAGAUUCUUACUCUCCUAACCUCGGGAAAACAUUUUUUUUAUUUUAUGCAAAAACCAAAGAUAAUAUUAUUUGGAUUUUUGAAACUAACAUCAUGCCUAAGACAAAAGACUAGGCCGCUGAAGCCCAUAUAAUAAAAGCAUAUAAAUCCAACUUCUGUAUCAGUGAAAUCCUAGGUUUAGGUUAAAAUGAGCACAAACUUCUUUAGGCAACAGAAAACAUUCAAUCGUCUCGAUCUCUCUCUUUUAAUUUGCCAUGGAGAAAGGGCAUGAACCUAGUUCUCCUAAGCGUCUCAGACGAGAUACACCCAAUUCCUGGUCGGAGCUUCCUCUAGAUCUCUUGACUUCAGUGUUCGAACGCCUCAGCUUUGCUAAUUUCCAUCGAGCUAAAUUCGUCUGUUCAUUUUGGCACUCCGCUUCGAGACAAAUCAUCCCCAAACAGACCAGUUGGCUGAUUCUCUUCCCCAGAGACAAUGACAACAAUAACUCAUGCACGUUGUUCAAUCCCGAGGAGAAACACAAACUUUACAAAACGAAAGAUCUUGGUGAAGAAUUUGCAAAGAGCCUUUGUAAGGCAACCUAUGGAAGUUGGCUCCUUAUGCGAGAUCCUCGGUUUAAUUUAUACAUUUUGAAUAUAUUCACCCGAGAGAGGAUCAAUCUACCUCCUGUGGAGUCACAACUUGGAAUGACAAAGAUGGAGCGAACCAUAGAUGAUUGCUUUCGCAUUAUUUCACACGAUCACAACAUGAUCAGUAGGGAGUACAUAGGUCUUUAUAUAGGACCCUGUGUGUUUUGGAUCGACGAGAAAACCAAAGAUUACAUAGUUAUAUGGGGACUUGGAAGAUGGUCUGUGGUUUAUUCCAAGAAAGGAGAUACCUCGUGGAAUCAGAUUCCGGAAAUUUCAGAUUGUUGUGACAUGGUUUACAAAGAUUACAAGCUUUACUUCUCUGGCUCUGGCUACCAAUGUGAUUUCAGAAUCUUUGAUUUCUCUAGAGAGACUCCGCAACAAACCUUUCAAGGUAUUGUCAUUAUGCAAGGACUUAUAUUAAAUCAUCGUCAUGGUCAACCAGGCUAUUCCCACUGCACUGUUAGUACAAAACUUGUAGUCACAGUAAAUGGAGAUGUCCUCAAGGUUGACAGAAUAUGGGAGCGUAAAACCAGAAUUUGCAGGUUUUUUGACGUAUACAAGGUUUAUUCAUCAGAGUCCUUAAAGAACUAUGAAAAAGUUGAAUCUUUGGGCGACGAGGCAAUGCUUUUGGAUCUAGGUAUCACUGUGCUCGCCAAUGACAUUGAGGGGCUCAAAAGAAAUUGCAUCUAUUUCAGUGGUAGUCUUGAAAAUAUCAUUCAUGAUAAAUUUAUCUUCAAUAUCGAGACACAGAAAAUGGAGCGAGUGCACAAACUUGAUUGUUCAUCUGCUCAACUCUCUAGUGCUCGAUGGUUCUUACCAAGUUUCACACAAACUUGAUUGAUUUCAACUUCUUCAAUAUAUUGUUUUUCUCUACUCAAUGAUAAUGACGUACGUGUUUGGUUUUUUUUUGGUUAAAAGUUGGAGAAACUGCACAAAUUUGAUUGUUCAUCCAUUCAACUCUCUAGAGCUUGAUGGUUGUUAGUUCUUACCAAGUUUCACGCAGAUAUGAUUGCUCUCAACUAUUAGGUUUUCCUCUUUAAUAUGUGUUUUUUCUCUAACUAAUGAUGAUGACGUUCUGUUUAUUUUUUUAUAAGUUUUAUAUAUGCAAUGCACAAAGGUUUAAAUACAAAAAAGAUGGAGUCACUGCAAAGAUU